AUGCAUGAAAAUGCUGCUGUUCUACAGACAGUUCUGGAUGGUGCAACUCAAAUUGCUCGUGAAGUAGAAGAUAACAAAGCAUCUGUACUGGUUCAUUGUAGUGAUGGCUGGGAUAGAACUGCCCAGUUGACUUCAUUGGCAAUGCUGGAGCUAGAUCCGUAUUAUCGAACUAUCCAAGGGUUUGCUGUGCUGGUAGAAAAGGAAUGGUGCAGUUUUGGCCAUAAAUUCGCUCACCGUGUGGGGCAUGGAGAAGACAAACAUAGUGAUAGCGAGAGAUCCCCCAUAUUUGUACAGUUUGUUGAUUGUGUGUGGCAAAUCAUGAAUCAGUUUCCAUAUGCUUUCGAAUUCAAUUCGUCAUUCUUGAUAACAAUGCUGGAUGAGUUAUAUUCUUGCCGUUUUGGGACAUUCUUAUACAACAGCGAGAAGCAACGACAUCAUGAUCAACAUGUAAAGGAAAACACAGUGUCGCUGUGGUCAUAUAUUAUUACUGAAAAAAGACGGUUUCUCAAUCCGUUCUACAAUCAGUACCCUCGAUUUGUCGAUGUAUUGCGUCCCAAUACCCGAUUAAUGUGUAUCAAAGUGUGGAAAGAUUAUUACUUUCGUUAUAAUCCAGCAAUUGUUGCACAGGAUCACGCGGAUGUUGAAGCUCUUGUGAACGAGAAAAUCUUACAAAAGGUUGAAGCUUUGAAAGCCGAAGUGAUUAUGCAUGAGCAGACUCUUAGUAAAACAGUUCGGAAUGCAGAGUUCAGAUAG